UCACUUUUUAUAUUUUAAGGGCCACAGCUCGCUGUCUCUCCUAAAUGGCUUUUGCAUUUCUUUUUGGCUGGCUUUUGAUUCUUAGUUCAUGCCUUAGUGUAAAGUCCUGUCUGCAGUGUGACCAGGUGGUUGUUUAUGUGCAUGAAGACUUCCUGUCCACAGUUAAAGGAAUCACUGUCCGUGAUCAGAUUGAACUGAAGCAAAUCAUUGAGCAUGCUUACAUCAACUAUCGGUACACCAGCAGACGGUUUCACGGUGUCAUAGAUCCCACGACUCUCUAUCGUGCACGGACAGAAUACCAGAGUGAAUUCAAGAGGCACUGGAAAGAGGACAGGACAGAUUCUGUUCAGUGGGAUAUGAUCAAUAUAGUGGAGAAAGGAAAGAAAAUCCUUCAGAAACAUUUGGAGAUUUUUGCUGCCCACGGUCUGUGUCCAAAUAAAUGUGGGCUGUUGUAUCAGAGAGUGAUGAACUGCACUUCCUGCCAGUAUGGGCUCUUUAUGUGUCAGUCAGCCAUGCCACCACUAGACUGUGGAGAGCAUCAUCUUGAGGCAGAUGAAGGAGAGGAGGUGGUGCUGGACUGUUUCCUGCCCUGGCACGCUCUUGUAGUUGGGCAGAACGAGUACCAAUACUCUUGGCAUCCUGGAGAAAAGAAUCUGUCAGAUGAGGGAGAGUAUGAAGCGCUGGUGGUGACAGAGGAGUCUAAAAUUGUCCUCAAUCAGCUGAAAGUCAAUGAGGAAGGCAUCUACCGCUGCCUCCUACAGGAUCAAAAGGGUACUACGCUGUCCCGCAUGUAUUUCGAACUUAAAGUCAACCCACUGCCGUCUACAACCCCUAGACUGAUUGUGGCUUUGCCGUCCCUGCCCUCGGGUUAUGAUGCCACACUUCACGGCCUUCAGAGGAGCAGUUUCAUCAUUAUAGUGAUUUUACUGACUGUACUCAGCAUCACGGGCAGCCUUGUCAUCAUAGUGAACCUAAGAGUGACCAUGAAGUGGCAGGAGGAGGAAAGAGACAGCAGGAGAGGAGGAGAGGGGGAGGAUGUGGAGAACCUUGAGCUGGUGAAUGUGACAGAAAGAGGGUGUGAUCCAAAGAGACACGAAUAAAUGACUACAGAGCCCCAAAAAGACUGAUGAAUGUGAAUGUUUAAAAGAUCAUACAUUUAUUUCACAUAUAUAGAUUUUUAAAUAACGUUAGGGUCAGUAAUUAUUAUUAUUAUUAUUAUUUUUGAUUUAAUAUUUAAAUACAUUAAAGUAAAGAAAUUUAUGUAUAAUGUGACACUGAAGACUGGAGUAACAACUGCUGAAAAUUCAGCUUUGCAAUAAAUUCCAUUUGAAAACAGUCCCAUGACGCAUGCUCAAAAUACACAUAAAACAGAAACUCAUUUCCAUUUAUUUAUUUAUUCCACUUGUAUUCAUUUCUUUUUAGUAUUUAAAUUUAUAUGAGAAGUCGAUGGCAAUUUUACGGCAUGUAAAUGAAAGAAAAAAGAAGAAGCAGCAUUUGGGAAAAGCUCAUUCACAAAAUAGUGACAUCAUUGUUUGACAUGAAGUCAUGUGACAAGCUCUGGAGGUAGAUUUUUGUGAGUAAUUUACAGUAUUUUGGGUUUAUUUCAGUGGUUAAUGCCAUUUGCAUUAUUAUCUGUCCACCAGGUGCUGUCUUAUGUUUUUCAAUUACACACUGAGUUCACAAACACGCACACACAAUGUAAAAUAGAUCCAUUCACUGGUAAUGAAAAAGGAAGACGUGGGA